GUUUUCAGUGUAACGCCCAGCUACUUGCACCGUCCGCCCGGGCCCAGUGAGCUGUGCUUGGGUGGCAGGGCUGCAGGCUGAGCCACGCAGGGAGCGGGUUCCUCAUGAGCUGGCAUUAGCUGCUGAGGAAAUUCCUUCGGGGCAGCGCUUCCUCCACAUGCCCAGUGCAACGCCUGGCCUUGAGCACAGCCCUUGGGUGCUCUAACCUCGCCGGCUAACGGCAGUCCUUGAGAUGGCGGCCAUAGCAGAAUUCAACAAUGUCCGGUCAGUGGCAGAAGUACCAGAGGGAGAUGAUGCUAAGCAUGUUUUCUAUCACAGAAUGUUCUUGGAACCUCAGGAGGAGAAGAGGAACUUGAAGGCUCUGAUGGUUAAGCGAGCAAAGGAAGCUUGCAGCUGCACUCCAGGCAAAGUUAAAGACUGUGUUUUCAGUUUCUUUCCCAUCUUGCAAUGGCUUCCUAAAUACAAACUAAAAGAGUGCCUACUGGGAGACCUAAUGUCUGGUGUGAUUGUGGGAGUCUUACUAGUCCCACAGUCAAUUGCCUAUUCUCUCUUGGCUGGACAGGAGCCUAUCUACGGCCUUUAUACGUCCUUUUUCGCAGGCAUUAUUUAUUCCAUAUUUGGAACCUCUCGCCACAUCUCUGUGGGUAUCUUUGGUGCACUUUGCCUGAUGGUGGGCCAAGUGGUGGAUCGUGAAGUGCAGAGAGCUGGCUAUGACUUGGAGGCAGCCACUGUUAGUGCCCACACGGAUACAGUCAUGCAUGUAAACACCACCAUUGUGCCUCUGAACCAGACGUCGCAGAUCCUGCUCUGUGAUAAAACCUGCUAUGCAAUAAAGGUGGGAGCCACCGUGACCUUCAUAGCUGGAGUUUAUCAGGUGGCCAUGGGUUUCUUUCAAGUGGGCUUUGUCUCAGUGUACCUCUCCGAUUCAUUGCUCAGCGGAUUUGUCACGGGUGCCUCCUUUACCAUCCUGACUUCACAAGCUAAGUAUCUCCUGGGUCUGGACGUACCACGGAGCAGUGGCGUCGGCUCCGUCAUAACCACAUGGAUAAACAUCUUCAGAAACAUACACAAGACCAACAUCUGUGAUCUCAUCACCAGCUUCUUGUGCUUUAUUGUUCUUAUCCCAACCAAAGAGCUUAACGAACACUUUAAAUCCAGGCUUAAGGCUCCAAUACCAAUUGAAUUAGCUGUGGUUGUGGCAGCUACUCUGGCAUCUCACUUAGGGAAGCUGAGAGAAACAUAUGGCUCAAGCAUUGCUGGAGAGAUCCCAACAGGGUUUCUGCCACCCAGACCUCCAGAAUGGAACCUGAUUCCGAAUGUGGCUUUGGAUGCAAUCCCCAUAGCCAUCAUUGGCUUUGCCAUCACAGUCUCCCUCUCAGAGAUGUUUGCCAAGAAGCAUGGUUACACUGUGAAGGCCAACCAGGAAAUGUAUGCCAUUGGCUUCUGCAACAUCAUUCCCUCUUUUUUCCAUUGUUUCACAACAAGUGCAGCUCUUGCCAAGACUCUUGUCAAAGAGUCAACAGGCUGUAGGACACAGAUUUCUGGCAUAGUGACUAGUUUGUUAAUCCUAAUAGUCCUCCUUGUGAUUGCGCCAUUGUUUUAUUCCCUUCAGAAAUGUGUCCUUGCUGUCAUAACUAUUGUAAACCUCAGAGGAGCCCUGCGAAAGUUCAAAGACCUGCCAAAAAUGUGGCAUUUGAGCAGGGUGGACACAGUAAUCUGGAUAGUUACUAUGGCAUCCUCAGCACUCAUCAGUACUGAGAUUGGUCUUUUGGUUGGCGUUUGCUUCUCUAUGCUCUGUGUCAUUUUCCGAACUCAGAAACCAGAGGCACCCUUGCUUGGCUGGGUGGCAGAGUCUGAAACAUACGAAUCCCUGUCUGCUUACAAGAACUUGCAAACAAAGCCAGGAGUUGUGGUGUUCCGUUUUGAAGCACCCCUCUACUAUAUCAACAAAGAGUGCUUCAAAUCCACGCUGUACAAGCAAACUGGAGUCAACCCAGCUGAGGUGAAGGCAGCAAAGAAAAAGGCAGCAAAAAGAAUGCUUAGACACAAAGAGGUGGGUUCUGGUGGCAACCAAACCAGCAUCUCCUUGGAGCUUGUCUCUGAACCCUUGGGGUUUCACACAAUAGUGAUCGACUGCUGUGCAGUACAGUUCCUGGACACGGCAGGAAUACGCACGCUCAAAGAGGUCUGCAAGGACUACAGGGAGAUAGAUGUCCAGGUGCUACUGGCCCAGUGCAAUCCUUCGGUGAGGAGUUCCUUGAUCCGUGGAGAAUUCUUCAAAGAGGGCGAGGACCACCUUCUGUUCCACAGCGUGCACCAGGCAGUGGACUUCGCAUUGGGUGCACAGGAGCACAAUGGGACCUGUGCUUCUAAAAACUAGCUGGAGGAAGGCAGCAAAUUGGAACAAAGCCUGGAAAAAAAUGGGUGUGGGUCUGUGUGUUUGUGUAUGAAACGUGCACUCAGAUGGAAAGAGGCAGGGUUGUUGGUAACACAUUGGUGACUGUGCAGCGUGUUCUAAUGCUUUACUUUGUCUGCCAGGUGUAAUGAUUCAAUAGGUGGUACUGAGUGAAGGCAAUUCUUAACUUGAUUGUGACCAGUCUGUGAACCGAAGGGUUUUCAUCUCAUUUCUCUUCUGUCAUCAACUUUUCAUUUAUGUGUCGUGUCCCCCCCCACCCACCCUUCCGAGUUUUGAUCAUCAGCAUUGAAGUCUUUCUGGAUGGGACAAGAUCCUGAAGGAGUCUGGGCAUCCUGUCUAGCAAAAUGCUACAAGGCAACUUAUUUUUUUGUCCCUAGUUGUGGUAUUGCUUUUUCAUGUCAUCACACCUUUAUGUUUUUAAGGAAUGACUGACGGGGACUGUUUGCUCUGGUCUAUAACAUGUAGUCCUUAGCUGGUGAUUUUGAGACAGCUAGGUAAGUAAAAUCUAGACAUGCAGGAAAAAAGUCUUAACUAAUAGCUUAUCUAAAUCCUAUUACCUAUCACAUCUAAAUGCAUUGUCAUCAUCUUCUGUCACGCUAAUGCAGCCAGAUCAACAGGGACAUGAUUUUCUAAUUUCUACACAGGUCUUUACAUGCCAGGAAAAAUUGUCUCUUCAGCUUGGUUCUCUUUGGAUAAUCUGGAAGGGUUUUUAUUCAAAGGAGAUGGUUUAGAAGUCUGAUUCAUGCUUAUGGUCAGUCAUUCAUUUUCCUAAUGUUUAGGAGCACUUCAGAAUUGUGAACAUUAGACAUGGAGAUCUGUAAUUCAUGGGUCUCAACGCACUGCAGCUCUUCAUAGCCAACUCUACAAGCCAGGCAGAGUCACAGGAGCCAAAAUGAAAAGGGCCGCAUAGACUAGCCAGCAUCUGUCUGUAUCACACAGACUUCGUGAGUGAAUAUAGGUUUUACUGACCAUAAACCCUUUACACAUGUUCAGUCAUGGACAUUUUGGAAUGGGGAUGGUAGGCCAGGAAGUACAGUCAUUAGAAAAAGAGCCAGAGAGGAUUCUGCUGAAAGCUGUUCACCAUGUUAGUGUAAAUAAAACUUUGUACUUUGCUUUUAAAUUA